UACCUUCAAGAAGCCUCCGCACAAUGUUAAUCACGUUGGGGAAUCCUUUUCCGUGCUAACCUUGUCUUGAGUUAUUGGCAUUUAAAUAGCAAAUCUUAACAAUUGGCAACAAGGAAAUAGUAAGGGAAAAAAGAAAAGAAAAAGAAAAUCCAGAGGGUCCUUAUGCUGGAAUAUUUCAUGCGUAAACAAGAGAGAGAAACUUUUGAUGAGUUAAAAUAAACAAGAAGAGCUUUCCUCACAUCUUGUUGGGGUUGUCCAUUGACAAAAUUCUCUCUUGUCGAAUAUUAUUCUAAUGUAGGGGACCGGCCCCUAAGUUUGCCAGCUCCAUUUUCCAACACAUAAUAACCCCCCAGCUGUGUUACCUGCACAUAGAUAUAUAAAGCCCUCAAAUAAUUUUGCUGCUCUGCGCAAAGCAAUGAAUUCGGAUUGGUUGCUCUCCUUUGAUCAGAGCUACAACUACCAAGAUUUUGCCAUUCGACAAUUUUGUGCUGCCGCCCGAAUGAUCGACCAACAACAACAACAUGCACAAAAUGGUGACUUCCCCCAACUGUACACCUAUACUAACACCCCUGAGCAUUUAGCCUCUUCCCGGGAGGAGCAAGAAUUUGUUGAUAGUUUCUUCAACAUUGAUUGUUACGUCGACGACAAUCUUCCUCUUGAUCAGCAGCAUAUGAAUAAUGAUAAUGAAGAGCUUGGAGACUUCACAUCAAUGAAACUCAAUGAUUCUUACGAAGAUCUAUCAAUGCUGACCGAUGAAGAACCUAGGGACACUGUACUGGAGGCUUGUAGCUCUAGCGAUGAUCCUAUCGUAGCAGAGAGGCCUGAAAUGCCUAGUGAAGAAGAUGAAGAUAAAGAAGAAAAGGCCACAAUUAGGCAUGACCAUGAGGUGGAUCAGGGGCUUCAGCUUGUUCAUUUGCUUUUGGCUUGUGCUGAGGCUGUGGGUUGUAGGGACACUCGACUUUCUGAUUCAUUGCUUGCUCAAAUCUGGCCUGCUGUCACCCCUUUUGGUGACUCCCUCCAAAGGGUCUGCUAUUGCUUUGCUUUGGGACUUCAAUCAAGACUAAUGUCGCUUCACCAUAGAAACUAUAAUAAUAAUGCAGCAGGUGCAACAUUAAUAUUGGACCAACAAUUAGCAGCUUCUAGAGCGGAGAAACUAGAGACUUAUCAUUGGUUGCACCAAACCACUCCAUAUGUGUCUUUUGGUUUUAUGGCUGCAAAUGAUGCUAUCUGCCAUGCUGCCAGAGGGAAGGAAUGCUUGCACAUCAUUGAUCUUGGCAUGAUCCAUGUUCUUCAAUGGCCUUCCUUAAUUAGAACAUUAACUGCACAAGCAGAUCCACCUCCUCCCAGACUAGUCCGCAUCACGGGCAUUCUUGAAGAUCCUCAGGAUCUUUUGGAAUUGAAGAGCCUUAUGGAGGAGGUUGCUGCUACUUGUUCAGGGAUUCGGCUAGAGUUCCAGUUGAUUAAGGAGCCAAUAACAGCGUCGCUCUUCACCAGAGAGAAGCUUCAUGUAAGAGAAGGGGAGGCUUUAAUCGUGAAUAGCGUCAUACAGUUACACAAGUACGUGAAAGAGAGCAGAGGCUCUCUCAAGACCAUUCUCCAAGCCAUCAAAAAAUUAGGCCCUACACUGCUUACUGUGGUGGAACAGGACGCCAACCACAAUGGCCCUUUCUUUCUGGGAAGAUUCUUGGAAUCACUUCACUAUUAUUCUGCCAUCUUUGAUUCGCUUGAGGCUAGCCUCCCACGUAACUCCGUCACAAGGACUAUGAUAGAGAAGUGUCAUUACGCGGAGGAGAUUCGGAACAUUGUCGCCUAUGAAGGAUCGGAUAGAAUCAAGAGGCAUGAAAGGGCAAACCAAUGGCGCAGACAACUUGGACGUGCCGGUUUUCAGGUAGUAGGACUCAAGUGUAUGAGCCAGGCUCGUAUGAUGCUUUCAGUCUAUGGUUCCGAUGGUUAUAGUCUAGCCAGUGACAAGGGCUGCCUUCUGCUGGGAUGGAAAGGAAGGUCAAUAAUGUUUGCAUCUGCUUGGGAAGUCAACAAUGUUGCAUCCUCCUGAGAUAUUGGACAAAUCUUACUCUUGAGUUGCCUCAUUGAGAAAAAUAAUACUAACUGACAAGAAGGUUCCUAUUGAUUGACAAUUACUCACUGGAACAUCAGCAGCAAUAAUGGCUUCAAAAUUUUUAGGGCUCUCUACAUUUCCAUCUAACAUCCACGUGCUUUGCCCCACAAAUUGUGAGUUUCAUUAGAUUCACUUUUUGAUACCCAACUUACAAGAUGUGAAAUCCGGUGCGGUAUCCCUAAAAUUUAGGGCACCAAGAAGAUGCUUUCUGAUAAUAAUAGAUCUUCCCAGGUAUGAAAAGUUGCAAUAAAUCAACUAAUUCCUUCCUCGGUAGCAGAAGAUUACCGAACUCUAAAAAGCAGGA